AUGGAGGCCGCAGUUGGAGAGAUAAUUUGCUCAGAGGUCUUACAGCUUCCGGCCACCCCGCGGGGGCUCUUCAUCGCAUCCCUCGCUGCCAGCGCGUCCUCCUGCAUCCUCGAAGCCAUCUACCGGGUUCAGGCCCGCAUUUGGCGCCCCCAGAUCCGGAACCCUUUUCCUGCCCCCAGCAGCGGCACCGACAGCUACGAUGCCGAGAUGGCGGCGCAAUACGCACAGUGGCAAAGCGCUUAUGUGAGCAAGGAUGCCUCAGCGGGAAAGGACGCAAUGGUCCCCGUCACCGCCGCACCAAACGCUGAAGAGACGGCGGAAACGUCCGAGAAGAAGAAAACGGUCGUGCGAGAAGGUGGUGGCAAAAAGUGGACCGACGAUACGCUUCUAGAGUGGGAUCCCAGCCAUCCGCGACUCUUUGUCGGAAACCUGGCCGGCGAGGUUACGGACGAUUCUCUCCUAAAGGCUUUUGCACGGUGGAAAUCCGUCCAAAAGGCGCGAGUGAUUCGUGACAAGCGCACCUCCAAGUCCAAGAAUUAUGGCUUUGUCAGCUUCAGCGAUCCUGACGAUUACUUUCAAGCCGCCAAGGAGAUGAAUGGCAAGUAUAUCCAGAGCCACCCGGUAAUCGUGACUAGGGCGAAGACGGAAAUCAAGCCCACUGCCGCCAAGGACAAGGACAGAGGGAAGAAGAACAAAAAGAACUACAAGAACAACGGUGGCAACAACAACAACAACAACCAACAGCAAGGCUAUGAACCAAACCUUGGCCCAAGGCCCGGAGGCGGGGUCCAUAAACCUGGCCAGAAGAUGAAGAAUGGUCUCAAGCUGCUCGGCUAG